AUGGCGACUCACUUUAUUCGGGAUAUUCCCUUAAAGGUGCUACAUAGGCGCUCGGGUGAUGAACAUGUUACUCUACUUCAGGCCUGUUACGACAACCCACUGUUUGAGGAGAACGAUGGUAAGGGGUGUCGGGGUAAUAAAACCCCACCCCCCUCCGCCGCGGACCAGAAGGCGCAGGCUGCACGUGCCAAGGACUAUAUGCACUGCCGACCCCCCCAGCCUCAUGAACAGAUCACCUUCAAAUCACCAAAAUCUAGCCGACGACGUCACAUAUGGAUUAUCGCCUUCGUCAUUCUCGCCGUCGCCAUCGUCGCUGUCGUCGUUGGGCUGCUUGUCCACUUCCUCAAGGAAGACAAGACGUCACAGCCCAUUCGCUCCACCUCCUCUCCUGUGAUAUACAGAUCUGAUAAGUUAAAAGGCAGCCUACGGAUAGUGGAUGGACCUUUUUCCAAAUACCGGAAUGCGUACCAGGACGUCAGAACCGACGCCUUUAUAGAUAUAAAAGGAUCCUUUAGGUAUCUGAUGAUGGGUGUUUUCCGGGACAGUGAUUUGAGAGAUUUGUAUAAUGAUACAGCUAUAUUACAAAUAAGGCCCGGUAGUGUAAUUAUUAGUUUUGUACUCGACUUCAAGACAUCAUUAGGUAUUACACGUGACACAGUAGAUCACGUCACCAGUGUAAUACAUACAGGCUUGGAAGGUUCCAUAUUCAAAAUAGAUCCGUCUUCACUGAAGAUUUAUCUCGAAGUGCCAUUAACUACGGAAGGCCCGGCAAUCCCUGCAACAUCAUGCGAGCCGAUGCGUCUCCACCCGUGUAUCAACGGGACGGACUACCACAGCACCAUGUACCCUAACGUGUUUGGCGACGUCACUCAGUCUCAGGCCAUAGCACGAUACAACCACUACAAAGACUUCUUUGACAUUCCAUGUCAUGCAUACGCAACUGAUUUCUUCUGUUCUGCUUACACUCCCGAGUGCUACUUGAAUAGGCCCAUACCUCCUUGUCGGAGUUACUGUGAGGAGGUGCGGUCCCGGUGUGUGGGUGCUUACUCUGCCAACAUCACAUUCCCCGUUGACUGCUCCAGGCUGCCCGAGUCCUCCAACCCCACAGUGUGCAGGCCAAGCUUGUACAAACCGGGGAAGUGUAUACCAGUGCAGGAAGAGCUGUGUGAGGACAUUGGCUACAAUUACACCUCCUUCCCCAACACCGUGGGCAGCUACGGGGAGAAGGAAGUCAAAAGCAACCUGACCUUGAUUAUCAAGGGAAUCCAGUUUGCCACCCACUGCUUCAAAUACGCCCGACUGUUCAUCUGUGCUGCCUUCGUCCCCAAAUGCAGUGGGACAGGUCACGUGCCCAAUCACAUCAUCCCGCCCUGUCGCAGUCUGUGCGAAGAGUUCAAGUCCCGCUGUGAGAUCUACCUGCACAUCUUCUACCUUGGGUGGCCUCCCGGUAUGAACUGUUCCGCCUUCCCAGAUUCCCCGGAUGAAAACAUCUGUAUUGGCUACGAUGAGGCCCACGAAAUACCGGAGAAGGGAGCAUGUAAGCGUGACGAAUUCCGAUGUGACAACGGCACGUGUAUCUCCACCCUCUGGGUAUGCGACGGCUACCAAGACUGCGCCGACAACAUGGACGAGCACCACUGCGCAACUUGCGCUUCCAAUGAGCAUCUGUGCUCCGGAAACAGGAUGUGCGUCAACAAGAACUCCGUCUGUGACGGCGUCACUGACUGUGUCGGCGCUGUGGAAGAAUCGGAGUGCGUUCGCCUGGGGACACGCGCCCAACAGAAGGUGGUGGAGGCCAGGAACCCGGACACGAACAAGUGGCACCCCGUGUGCUCGGACGGCUGGAACAUGACCUUCAGCAACAUCGUCUGUAAUCAACUGGGCUACAGGAUCGUACACAGCACGGUGUUUAAGGCAGGCUCAAGUCGACCGACUGUUGUCCUGCAACCACGCAACAAGAACCAGGACCCGCGGAAAAUACAGAGCUAUUUCAACUGGACGUCUACCUGCUCAAACAAUGAGCAUGUGAACAUCAUGUGUGAAGAUCCAAUCUGUGGCACCCGACCGGCGGUGUACCCGAACCCGCUAAGGAUUGUGGGAGGGGACGAGGUGCGGCCUGGGACGUGGCCCUGGUUGGUCUCCCUCCACGGGGGCUCGGGCCAGAAGUUCUUCUGUGGGGGCAGCGUCAUCAAUGAACUGUUCAUCCUGACUGCGGCCCACUGUAUUGGGGAGGCGGUGUGCCGUUUCUACAGUGGACUAUUCAAGCCGGACACACGCGGAAAGACACCUACUCCAGAUACCGACAAGUCAGGAGGACUGAAGUUUUUCACCUACCCUGGCUACAACCACUACACUGUUGAGAACGACAUCGCCAUCAUCAUGUUGGACGAGCCCCUCACUUUCAGUGACUACCUGCGACCAAUCUGUCUUCCCAAGCAGGGCCAGGUGAUACCUGUCGGGACGAGGUGCAUCUCUGCAGGCUGGGGCAAGUCCAGUGAUACAGCCUUGGACUACGAGCCUGCAGCCCGCCAGGUACAGUUGGACAUUGCUGACUGGCACAGCUGUGAGGCGGUUGUCCAGCGGGCAGAGAAGCAGGUGCCCUACAAACUGACCGAUAACAUGAUCUGUGCUGGGGGGUCGGAUGGAUUUGACGCAUGCGCGGGCGACAGUGGCGGUCCGUUCGUGUGUAUGAAGCCCAACACAACCGACGUGUGGUUCCAGGCGGGGAUAGUGUCGUGGGGGAUAGGGUGCGCCAUCCCUAACGCCCCGGGAGUAUACACGGAACUUCCCCUUUAUGUUAACUGGAUAAACGAGGUAAUCUCCAACAACACCGACCCCUCGUGAUGGACGUGGACUACGGGAGACGCUGAGGAUGGGAGGGAGUGACCACUCCCACUCCGUCAGCUGAACAACUUGCUCAAACUCUAGAAUCAGAAACAUGUCCUAUUACAAUAAAGGUUGCAUUAUUGCCAUACAGAAUAACUAAUGACACUGAAGCCCCAAACAUGGAUACCCAUGAGGGGCAGGAUUCUUCUAACACCAGCAGAACUGGUAUUUCCGUGUUGUGCAUUCGAGGUAUAACUAUGACACCAUAAUGGAUUGUGUCUGUUGACGGUUUUAUAUGGAGCUGUGGCGAUGACAUCAUCAACACGUUAACACAGCGUCAGUGUGUCAAGCAUGAAACAUGCCGCCGAACGUUUCCUGAAUAUUUCAUUAACCUGGCUAUGACGCAAACAGUUAAGCAUCAAAAUAACGGCAUUUGUCGGUGUGUGAUUCCACUCUCGGCUACCACUGCAAGGAGCUGCUAUUACAUGCUACAUUCUGACGUGAUGCCAAACAGCAUUCAGGGGAAAGCCUGUUGAAAGUACAUUUGGUGGCACAUAUUGGUAAUUAACAUUUCAGAGCCAUUUUUGCAUUUCAGUUGAAUCUAUAUUCCCUCAAUGCACGGGUGUGAUUCUCCUGUUUCAGUGGACAGUGGUGUAAUGUGAGCCCUGUCUUUGGUUGGCUGUAAAAAUGUUAUUUCACAUUAGACUGAGCCUGCAUUGUGGAUAGUAUCAUGCGUUUGAAUCAUAUUGAUUAUGUUUUGUACAUUUAAUGUCAACUCAGCAAAUGCCACAUCCGGGUAUUUCUGUUUCGGUUGCACACGCAUGCGCAGUAAAUGUUGUAGGUUGUGAGACAGUAUUGUCAUACAUUAUUUGAAACCAAAUUACUACCUGAUAUGAUAUGGUCCAAGACUGACCUUCAGCUGGUUGAAACACAAUAACGUUAUAUACCCUUGUUUUUUACGAAAGGCUAAACAUGUGUUUUGUUCGUAAUCAUUAAGUGUGUUUCAUAUGAGGUCAUGUAUGUAACUUGAUUUCAGUUUCGAUGCAUUUGUUUUCAAAAUGUUCAAUAUGAGUAAACAUGUUCGGGUUUUAGAGAGGACUGUUAACACAGAUAUAGUAAUUGGGAGUCAAUACUCAUCCCAUGCACGUCCACACCACCAUUGACGUCUACACGUCCGUGCAAGGAGACUGACACCUGACCCCGUACCUUACUGCAGUCAAACAAUUAGCUAACGACCUGUGUGUACAGCAUAACUUCCGUUGGUACUGUCAGGGAUCGUUUCAAAAGUCACCUUUGCAUUAUAUUUGUCUUUAAUUACUUAAAUGAAUGAUAACAGUUUAGUGUAAAGAUGGUUCUCUAGGACUCUGAACCAGGGUACCGAUCCACAAAGCAUUCGUAACCUUACGACCUGUCGUAACUCAACAGUUUAUCAUAGGUUUACGAAUGUCGUAGUGCUACGAACGUUCUGUGGAUCGGGCUUCAAGAAUGCAAUCCCAGCACCUUUAGGUGUCAGUGUUCUUUAAACAAUGUCACGUGUCGUCUUCGUGAUUGGACAAUUGGACCAUUUUACAAAACUGAUAUUUUGUUCCGGUCGUAACCUGUUAAGAAGUAUGAUUGUGCAAAUAGCGUUCAGAUAUUAUUUUUAUCAUUCUCAUAUCCCUAAAUCCUUAUAGGAACUUGUACUUUCACGUGACUCACAUGACAUUCGGAUUCGUGAUCCUGUUGUUUAUUUGAUAGUCUCUCGGUUGUACUCUCAAGAUGAAGGUAUUUUACUGUUUUUUUCAAGAGAAUAUGUUUUCAAAUUCGUCAAAUUCUAGGCGGCAUGAUUUGGAGGUACUUCGAUAACGGUGACGUAUAACUACGCCAGUCAGCCAAGGUACGUACCGACGGCAGUUUCAAGAACUCGUUUUACAGUUCAGGCUUCAUUCUGUCAUAUUCGUCAGUCAACGUUGUCGCCAUACGUCACCCCCAUUAACGUGAAUCUUGAUCAGUUUGGGCAGUAUAUGUAUUAACGCCAUGUUCACACGUCAGUUAUGUAUAUCACCUUAAUAAUCACCGGUAGUAUAGAACUUGAAGGUUAGUGACGAAAAUAUCUACAUUCAUGUAUCACAUGGAUCGCCUUCCAACAUAGCGCCACGCUUAACAAUGAUUCGUACUUACAGCCAAUCUCCGUCGCAGAAUGACCUUGACCUUGGCAUUCGAUCAACGUACAAGAUAGGACAUUUCUUUGCACGACUUCGCAAUAUAGAAAACUGCAAAUAACGUAACAAAGGAGUCAUUUCCCCGACUGACAUUGGAAGCAUUUUACAAAGCUACACAAAAGAGCCGUUUUGGGCAAACACAACAAACGCAUGUCAGACAAAUGGAUAAGUAAGUACGUAAAACUCAUUCAAGUGUCUAGUGUCUGUUAUGUGACCAGUCAUCGAUGUUGACUGUGAGUUGUGACGUUCGUGACUAAAACGAGCCAUGUGACGUGAAUUCGUGAUGUUAUAUUUCACCAAGACAUACUCUGUGACACGAAAACGUGGCGUGUUUUCUUCCAGACCUUGCAAAAUAGGUACGCCAUUCUCGAAUACAGUGAAACCUGGCUAAUCCGAACAAGUACCCAAUGCAAUCGUCCGGAUUAUAGAGGAUUUGAAGUAAUGAUAUUUUCUCUCUACACUGCACAUAAUGUUUCGCAAGGGCCUGUAUCUCGUUCAACAAGUCGAUCUUAGACAAGACUACCGCAGUUAAUUAGCCUCGACGCUAGGAUCGCUUUAUGGAACCGGACCGUGGUAACGGUAUUUGUGUUCAAUCUCAUGGGGUGCCCGACCAUCGGCCCCUAGGGAAGUCCCCGUCAGUAGCCACAGCCCCUAUUGUGCAAUGCAUGCUUGGUGUAAGGUUCACCUGUCCGCCUUUAUAUACUAUGGCGAAUCCCCUUGUAUUUUCUCUUUGCAUUUUGUCAUAUUUUUAAAGUUUAUCAUGUGUCAUUAAUAUUGUUAUAACAGUUCAUAUAUUUUGUCCAUGUUACGUAGAGUAUUUGUAUUCAUUAUCAAUCAGAUUUUUAUUACCGCAUAUAUGUUUAAAUACACUAUAGAUACUUUUUCAAACAGUUUAUUUUAGAAGAUUACGUGUGUAUAAAAGCGUUGUAAUUAAUCAGUACAUUAAAAUUGCUUGAAACACAA